AUGUCGUUUAAUCAACCAACGCAAGCACAACGCCUAAGACGCGGACUAUUCGCCAGUGUAGGUAUAGUGCUGUUUGGGUACUUUUUAAUGAAAGCAACAGUGCCAACUGAAGAGCAAUUAUAUCAGAAACUUUCACCUGCUCAACGCGAACAAGUUGAUAAAGAACGCGCAAAAAAUCGAGAAAAAAACGCGCGAUUCAUGGCGUUUCUGAAGGAACAAGCAGAAUCGGACGAGCCUGUCUUAGAAUUUGAUCGUAAUAGAAAACUGUAA